UGGAUGACGGCAGGCCGAGGGGUGGUCCAUGCAAGAAUGCCUGUGUCUGAGGAGCCCGUUCAGGGCCUGCAGCUGUGGGUCAACCUGAGGAGGGAGGACAAAGAUGGUGGAGCCCCAGUACCAGGAGCUGAAGGACAGCCAGGUCCCAAGCCCAGCAGGGAGGGGGUCACUGUGGCCGUCAUCUCUGGACAGGCCCUGGGGGUACAGUCAAAAAUCUUCACCAGGACUCCAACAAUGUAUCUGGACUUCAAGCUGGAUGGAGGAGCCAAGCAUGUCCAACCAGUUCCUUCAGGAUGGACCUCGUUUAUCUACACACUGGCAGGAUCUGUUUGUGUUGGCCCAGAUGCAGAGCAGCAGAAAGUGGAGCCACAUCACACCAUAGUGUUUGAUGAUGGAGACUGCAUAGCAGUAGAAAAUCAGACAUCAGAGGUCUCCCAUUUUGUCUUGAUUGCGGGACAGCCGAUCAAUGAACCGGUGGUCCAACAUGGUCCGUUUGUGAUGAACACGGAGGAGGAGAUCAACCAGGCAGUCAGAGACUACAGGACAGGGACCAAUGGGUUCGAGAGGGCUAAGGCUUGGAGGUCUAAGAUCAGGGAUUCCUUCUAAGAAUCAGAAGACAUCUUCUAAUCAUGUUAUAGGUCUUGUCUUGUUAUGAUCAUGUGACCAAAGUCUAUUUUAAUAAUGAACCAGCUUGAUGUG